CCUUUUACAGAACUUGGGUUUGCCAAUGGAUCAAUAUGCUCGGUGCAAGUACGAACACACGCUCAAAUGGAAGUACUUGAGUUUCAAUUGUAGAAAACGGCAAUUCUCCCUUUCCUGAGCUGACAAUAGAAUGGUCACAUAAGCAGUCAUAGACGAGCAAGGCAGGAGGGCCUGUGACGGCAAGAAAGUAAUCUGACCCUUCUGCGCGUGUUGUUCUUACUACUACGGCCUAUGGGGACCUCUCUAGCUCCAGACAACGUUCUGUGAGUGUAUGGUGCUAGUGUUCGUAGAUUCCCCGCAGUGUGGCGAGAAUCACGAGUCCAAGCGUUGUACCGGAGGCUUGCGGAGCGCUCAAUUGAAGGGUUUAAGGGCAUGAGGAGUGGACCGCCGAAUUUGCGCAAUAUUUCUGUCUUAUUGUCUCCAUAUCUUGAAGGUUAAACUGGAGUAGUUUCCUCCUGUGCUCAGGACUCACGAAUUUGCUCGAUCUAUGGGUUUUGGUAGGGUAGUUUCUGCGACAUCAUUCUUGUCGCAAGUUCUAAAGGGACCGUAUGAACAAAAUUGCGGGGUGUUUGCAUUCUCCUGUGCAGCAGCAUUGAAGUAGUUCCCAAAUGUAACGGGAGUUUGGUCAAGAUUUGGAGGUUUAAGGAUCCAGUUAUGCAAUUUCAAUUCUGUUCCUCCCGAUUAUUACCAAUUUGAAUCUUUGGGGACAUACGGUGGUGCAAAGAUGUCGAAACUUUUGUGUGGCCCUUUGACUUGUGAUCAAACGAGAGCUAUGAGCGGUUCAAAAGAUAUCCUCAGCAAUUUCAGUAUGCACAGACCUCUGUUUUUUAGCAGUUACGGAUUGUAUUCCCGCUCUGCUCCCUCUCGGACCCUAGAUUGUGCAAGGUCAGAGCCACCCAAGUUUCGAAUUAGCUCUCAGGCUGGGCGCAGGCAUCACCGGAGAAGGGACAUGGGAUUUGGAGCACCGCAGAUAAAACCCAAAGAAAACGAGAAUGUAGACAGGGUGAGCUAUAGUCGCAGGGACAGAGGGUCGGACGACAAACUUGUCAUUACUUUAGACAUGGAAGAAUUGAAACAACGAGCAGCAGAUAGAGUUUUAGUAGCUAAGAGAGCGGCUCAACGAUCUGUGGAUAAAGUCGUGAGGGUAGGUAAAGAUUUUGCCGAUGAAGGUGUCGAGGCGUGGAGGGAAUUGCGUAACAGCGUUAGAGUUCAAAAAGAUAGACGUGUAGUGAUAGCUGUGAAGCGCUCGACGAUCAAUUUUGCUGGUAAAGUACUUCUUUGGUCUGUCUUAGGAACUGUGUUUGUGAAGUUCUUGAUAUAUGCCAUGAGAGAAUACAGAUGGGGUUGGGAUGAUUCUUCUCGGCCGAGAAGGGCCGUCCGAGAUAGGAGUUUGGGAGGGAGAGAAGUGGCGUUGGGCAGCGGCUUCAAGGCGCGUGAAAGAAUAUCAGGAAGUAGGAAUACGAGUUCCACACGAGUUUUCAAUCCCCUCGAUGGCAUUGAAAGUUCACGUUCUGAAAAAGUUCUUAGAAGCAAGAGGGAUCGGGGUACUGUGACAAAGACAGCUCGUCUUCCUGGCUGGUGGCCUGCCUCCUUUAUGCCACCUUCACCUUCCAUAAUUACUCGUCAAAAAGCUGAAGAGAAGGCUCACAGUCUUCUGCAAGGCAUAAUGCAGAAACGUUUGAUUGGUUACGAUUUUGCGUUUGAAGACAUGAUUGAGCUCAGGCAACUGUGUAAGACGGCUGGGAUGAAGGUGAAAUUCGACACGCCCAACACCCGGGACACCUUCUAUCGAGCGGCCAUCAAUUAUGUUCUGUUGGCUUGCUGUAGUGAUACAGGGGAUGCAUCGAUAUCAGACUUCGGAAGUGAAGAUGGGGUGAGCUUCAUUGCUGGGCUGGCAAGUAACAUUGGUCUAGAGGAUGAUCGCGCUGCAACAAUGGUGAACGCCGCAGUCGCAGCACGUACUCGCGCUGGUUUUCUUCAAGUUAGGGCCCUUCAGUUGCAAGAAAAGUUCAGGGAAGCAGACGAGGAGCUGGUUAAAAUAAUACGAAUGCAUUCUUAUUUCCAACCCGACUCGGAUUCUCCGGAGAUGGAGCUUGUUGCAAGGGGAAUCGAAAGUCAGUUCAAUACGGAAGGGAAAGUCGAAUUGUUGAAGGCGUAUGAGAAGAUGGGAGGCAAUAAGACAAUGCGAGUUGCCGAAGAAGCACUUGGUUUACAUCUAUCCAGCUAAGAGAUUUUUGUGGAUCAAGUAGAGGGUAAAGUCACAGUUGCUAUGGCCUUUAAGAGGCGAUGUUACACAUAUGUAUGGUGUUUGCCACUUGAUUCCUGGUUAACAGCACCGAAGAUAAAGGACCGAAGUCAUAUUGUACUUCCAUGUUGUAGUGGGAAUUAUAAUGCUCAGUAUGCUCCUCGAAGCGACUCAAUAAACUCCCACAUAUUUCCA